AUGCACUUGUUGUUUGAAUAUCCCACAAAGGACAAGCUGUCGGAAGAUGCUUUCGCGGCAAGAAGGCUAAGGGCUGGGGUAGCCUCGUUCGCCAUCAUCGAUGGACUGCUUCACAAGCGAGGUUUCACAGCACUGUAUUUGAAAUGUUUGCAGCCGACAGAAGCACGAGAGGUGCUAGUCAAGAUACAUGCAGGAAUUUGUGGCAACCACCAAGAGGCAACUGCCCUUGCGUUCAAGGCAUUACGAAAAGGAUGUUAUUGGCCUAGCAUGAAGGAAGAUGCUAAGGAAUUGGUGAGGAAGUGCGAUGCAUGUCAACGCCAUGGAAAUUUGAUCCACAUUCCAACCGAGCAACAGACGACAGUUUUUGGGAUGUGUCCUUUCUUCUAA